AUCUAUCUUCACCUUUGUUUUCUAUUGGUUUGGCGCGGAUCACCAUCUGUACCAUUAGAUCAUACUGAAUCAACGCUUGAGAUUUGUUUCUUUUUUUCCAAUUAUUUUCUGAGAACAGAUCUCGUGUUUGAGAGAGAGAGAGAGAGAGAGAGAGGGAGAGAGAGAGGCGAUUGGGUAAAGCUGUGCUCGACGCCCUAGCAAACCUCAGCCUCCUUCUCUUCCUCUUCCUCGUCGGCCUCGAGAUUGAUCUGAAAUCUCUCCGCCGCACCAGCCAAAAAGUGAUUUCCAUCGCAGCCGCCAGAAUGCUCCUCUCUUUCGCGAUGGGCGUCGUCACCUCUUCGCUUUCCCGGAAGUUUCUUCACCGGAAUCCGUACCUUCACCAGCGCAUACCACGGUGGACGGGAUGACUCGAAGCCAAUCGGAGUGGACCUUCCACAGGCUUCUCAAGGAGAUGUCCGGUUCGAAGAAGGCCGCUCCUGUUGCUGCCAAGGCUGCAAGCAGUUCAGAUUCGUCUGAGGAAGAUUCCGAUGAGGAAAGUGAAGAUGAAAAACCUGCACCAAAGGCAAAACAAGAUACCAAGAGUGCUAAAAAGGAUAGUAGUAGCGAUAAAUCCGGCUCUGAUGAAUCAGAGAGUGAAGAUGAGGAAGAAACCCCAAAGAAAACGUGCUCUGAUGUCGAAAUGGUGGAUGCUGAGAUGAAACAGCCAAAGAAGGUACAACAACGUUUUAGUUGCUCGCCACAUCUCAAGCAGUGGAGAUGAUGGAGAUGAUGUGCACCUAACGUGUUGGUAGAGUGACAGGCUCCACAAGGUUCUUGAGUUUGUGAGCACAGUUCAUGAUCUGUGUGAAGAUGAGGUUGAUUCAGAGGAUGAAUAUGAAGAAAACACUGAUCAGUGGACAUGAGAGAUUUGUGUUGUUGGUGUUAUGAUCAUGGGGAAAUUUGUGUUGUUGGUGUUUGUUGAACUUGAUACGUUUGGAUGGAAGUAGAUUUGUAAACUUUUCAUGUUUAAUGUAAAAUUUGCAAUUUCAUU